AUGCAGGUCGCAGAAAGCCCUCGUUCUGAGGACGGUCUUGCUCACAAUGUGGACGGGAUAGCAGACAAUGAGGAGAUUAAUGCAGAAAAGUCAUCAAAACAGAAAGUGGAUCUCCAGUCUUUGCCAACCCGUGCCUCCCUGGAUCAGACAGUCGUGCCUAUUUUAUGA